AUGAGACAUCCUUUUGAAGCCAGCCGUCUACAAUUUGUUCUACUCCUACUACUACUAUUUUCCCUGAGACAAGUACACUGUAUUUGGUAUUUCAAUUCUCACAAAAUAUGUAAUCCAACAUCAUCAACACAAACACCGUUUACUGGUUUUAAAAUCAUCCGUCAAUAUAAAAUAUCCGGUUACAAUCCACCAGUAUCUAUGCAUUUCCUAACUAUUGCUCACUGCAAUCGAGGUCAGGUGGAUUAUAAAAAGGUGUUGCGGACCGAAAGUAAUAAAUUCAUUGAUUGGGAUGUACCGUUUUGCUUAUUGAAACCGAAAGUUAGUGAGAAUGUAGUUGGAUGGAAUGAUCAGGCAAUAGUACUGAGGAGACAAGGUCAAGGGAAUACGAAUGAUGCUAAUAUGGGGGACCUUGAUCAGAAAAAAAGGAUGAGUUCUGGAGACUGGAAGUACUCGAACUAUUCACAUGUGGCACGAGCAGAAGCAAAAGCAGCAACGAAAAAAACUCCCAUUGGGAGCUUGGCACAUACAUUCAAGCAUAAAUCUAGUCAAGUAAACCAAUUAAUACGUAAAAAGUUUGAUUUAACAAUGGAGAGAUUUACAAAUGGAAACUGGAUUGAGUAUAGUGGCAAGAACAAAAACGUCAAAUUUGAAAACCACCAACAAAGCACCUCUGGCGAAUACAUUAAACUUGAUGGAUCUUCCAAUCAACAACACCAUCAACAACAACAACAGUUGCAGCAGCAACAGCCGAAUACUUCACCAUUAGAGGUGUCCCCAUUCCAUACAGCACUUACUCAAGAAAUUAACAAUCUAAUCUGUUUCAAAAUGGCAAGACGUAAACGAUUUGCUAAACGCAAAAUAUCAUUCUUUAUGCCAUACACAUUUGUUGGUGGAUUAUUUGAGUGUUUGGUACCACUUGAUCAAAAGCAUCAAAUUGUAAGAUUACUCCUCAAUGAUAGCCACAACGAAAAGGAAAGCACAGAAAGCAAUGUGUACAACGGCAUAGAUUCAAGAAGACUAUUCCAGUUGGAUCAACAAUUCUUUAUGGUGCUGCAAAAUUUCCCAAUCAAAUGUGAUUCUCAUCUCUCGAGACCAAUAGCACCUUUGAUUGCCGAAGAUUCAACCAAGCAAUGGUUUGAAAACAAGUUUCAUCACUUUUUGAACCCAAAAUUUGUACAAACUAUACCCUACUUAACAACAACCACCACCACAACAACAGCAUCAGCCUCACUCUCCCUGUCUUCGUCGUGGCUUUCAAAACCAUUGCAUCUUGUCACCAAACCAUUAAAAUACAUUGGAUUUCCACUUGCCUCAAAACACUCAAGUGAUGACAAUCAAAUCUACUCUUUGGCACUAUCAAUGAGUAACGAUGCUGUUUCUUCAUGGGCUAGCAAAAUUAUGGUCAAUGAAGAUUACAAUUACAAUGAGAUUGAUUUACAUUGGAUUAGUAAAAUGGUGGCGUACCUGGCCAAUAUCUUAAAUCAAUUGAUUGCCCCCUUGGAUUUCAACAAGUUGGUUAAGGGGUAUAAUCGAGCUAAUGUGAAUGAAAGAGAUGCAUUCUCUUCAUCAUCAUCAGGUGAGUCUGAGAACACGAAGAUGCAACAUCUUGGUGCUGACCUUGAAAUGAACAGUCUGUUUGCUGGUGCAUUAUCAUGGGACCAAAAAGUAAGUUUAUGGUUGGCUUCAUUUAGUGACAAGUACACUAAACAAAUCUUGUUCCAAAUUGAAUCGAAAUGGGAUAAAUUGAACCUAGACUAA